GGGCAGGGAGAGAGGGCUCCCUUCGCCCAGAGACCAAAUUCUGCCCCGCAGCUGAUGUUCUGCAGCCCUGAGAAGGAGAACGUCCAUCCCGAGAGCCCGAUCUACCUCCGCCGUUCCUCCUUGACGUCCUUCAUGAACGAUGAAGACGACGAUGGCUUUCUGGAAGUCCUCAACGAAGAGGAGCUGAAGGGUGAUGGUGACCUCCCUUCAGGCAUGGAGAACCUGCUGACGGCGCCCCUGGUGAAAACAAACGUUGAACCCGGUCAGGUGAGGUCCAGGUGCCAACGCCUCUUCCGGUCGCCCUCCAUGCCAAGCAGUGUCAUCCGGCCCAUCCUGAAGCGGCUGGACCGGGCCCAGGAGAAAGACACCCCCGUAAACACCAAGCGGCGGAAGAGCCUCAACGGCAACGCCAUUGUGGAGAAGCAGGAAGAACCGUCGCCUCGGCUGGUGCGCUCCCGUUCUUGCUGUCCCUUGGAGAUUGCCAACAUCUUGGACCAAGACCAGCGUGAGCUGAUUGGCGACUUCUCCAAGGCUUACGUCCUCCAGACGGUGGAAGGGAAACACCAAGAUCUCAAGUACAUUUCUCCAGAAAUGAUGGUGGCUGUACUGACCGGCCAGUUCAACAGCCUUAUUGAAAACUGUGUGAUUGUGGACUGUCGAUACCCGUAUGAAUACGAAGGUGGCCACAUCAAGGGUGCUGUGAACCUCCCCCUGGAGAAGGACGUGGAAGACUUCCUUCUCAAGAAGCCCAUCGUGCCCGCCGAUGCUGCCAAACGGAUCAUUGUGGUUUUCCACUGCGAGUUCUCGUCGGAAAGAGGGCCCCGGAUGUAAGUCUUCCCUCCCGCCCG